AUGUCUUCAACCUCACUUUCUAGAUCCGAUUCGGGCUCGUCAAAAUAUUCGACACCACCACAAACACCUUCGACGACACCGCCUCCAUUCAUAAUGUGUACCGAUUUUUUACCAAAUCUUUCAAAAGAUUUAUCAAUAUUACUUUCUGAUAACGAAGAUUACAACAUGAUUAUUAACGUUGGAGAGCAACCAAAUAUCAAACAAUUUAAAGUACAUUCUAUAAUACUUCGGGUACGCUCACCAUAUUUUAGGGUAGCAUUAUCAUCGGAAUGGGCUAAAAUCGAAAAUAAUUAUAUUACCUUUAAUAAACCAAAUAUUAGUCCAAAGGUUUUUGAAGUGAUACUUAAAUAUAUCUAUACGGGGACGAUAAUAUUGGAUGAAGACAUUAACACGAAUACUUCAACCAUUUUAGAGCUAAUGAUCGCAGCUGACGAAUUAUGUUUACAAGAAAUCAUCGAUUACGCGCAAAGUUAUCUCUUGCUUUAUAAACCUGGAUGGAUACAACGUAAUUUUGCCACUACGUAUAAAAUAGCAACUGUAUACAACUCCUUUAAUAAACUGUUGGAACAUUGUAAUGAAAUAAUCGUGAAUGAUCCCGAAUUGGUACUUUCUUCGGAUGAUUUCUGUUUAUUGGAAGAAAAUGCUUUGUUAACAUUGUUAAAACGAGAUGAUCUAUUAAUAGAUGAAGUAAACCUUUGGGAUUAUCUAAUCAAUUGGGGUAUUACUUCCACCGGGUUAACAAGAAAUUGGUCUGAAUGGACAAGCAAGGCUUAUGAAAUAUUGUCUGAAAAAGUUGAAAGAUGUUUGCCUUCAAUUAGAUUUCUACACAUUUCAAGUGGUGAUUUUUAUAAAAGAAUUAAACCGUUUGCACCAAUUAUACCAGUAGAAUUAUAUGAGGAUAUCCUUCAAUAUCAUCUCGUGCCGGAACAUCAACCUUCUGAAAUUUUAAUUCAACCAAAAAGGGUGACGAUUGAUUCCGUUAUUAUUGAAAGAAAACAUGCCGCUUUAAUCGCGAAUUGGAUCGAUGGCAAGGAUUGUGAAAAAGAAAAAGAAAACUGUUCAAUGUUUUGGAAUAAUCCAAGAUCAACCAAAUUCAUGAAGCUGAAAAUACUUUAUUCUAACAAUAUAUUAUAUAAAUUAUUUGACAGUUUUUGUAUUAGUGAUUUAGGAUUUUUGUCAACAGAAAAAGAACAAGAAAUCUAUGAA